AUGGCGUCGAGCACCGGCAAUGUUGAAGAGAGCUCGUCAAAUGCUCUGGCGGUUGGCCUUUGGGAUGCGCAGCAAUUGGAGAUGAUGCCGGCCGGCAGCAAUGACUUCCCUGCUGCCGCUGGCCGGGAAAGGAAGCCGGCGCCUAUAAAUCCCCUGCUACUGGCAUCGGCGUCCUGGACGGCACUGAAUUAUCUUUUCAGCGAGGAGGACAGACAAACAGCACCAAUGAUCCAGCCUACUCAGGUAUUUCUUGACUUGCUGGUGGGUUACCCUGCUAUCAGCACCACCAAAGGAAGACUGACGGUGCAGCAAGCUUCUGAAGAUGUAGAAAAUGUGGUUGAUCAGCCUGCUUCACCCAUGGCUGGUCUGCUUCUCAACGGCGUCACUGCCGAGGGGGACACCGCACUGCAUGUGGUUGCCAGCCAUGGGGACGGCAAGAAAUUCUUAGAGUGUGCUACCAUCAUCUGCAAGAGGGACCAAGAAAUCCUGUUUGUGGCAAAUAAAAAUGGUGACACGCCCUUGCAUUGUGCCGCCAGAGCCGGUAAGUUCCAAAUGCUCUCUUGCCUCGUUGAACUUGCUGAAAGUUGCAACAGGUUGCACGACCUCCUCAGAAAGGAGAAUGUGCUUCAGGAGACGGCCUUGCAUGACGCUGUCCGCACAGGGAAUAAGGAUAUUGUGGAGCGUCUAUUGAAGGCUGAUACCGUGUUGGCUAAUUAUCCUAAAGAAGGCACCUCACCAUUGUACCUAUCAAUAUUCCUGGAAAAAUAUGGCAUUGCAAGGGCAUUAUAUGAGAAAAGCAAUGGGAAUCUCUCGUACUCCGGGCCAAGUGGGCAAAAUGCGCUACAUGCUGCAACUUGUGAAGGCUCAGUUGGUGAUAGACUCUGGAACAGCGUCAGCCUGAUUCACAGCACACUCAAAUUGGCAAAUGCUAAAUAUAAUUAUCUUCGAGAGGAUGAGAUUGAAGAGAAGGAUAGAUACAAGCUCACACCAGAAGAAACAAAUAAAGAAGCUGAGAAUGUGAAAGAUUUAAGCCAAAUAAUAGGCAUUGGUUCAGUUUUAAUAGCAACUGUGGCGUUCGGGGCAACCUUUGCUGCUCCCGGAGGUUUCAUAGCUGACGAUCAUGCCAAUAGAGGGUACCCAGGCUUAGCUGCCUACGGCCCAUGGCGUGACUCCAUCGACGGCCUGAUAUGA